AUGAGUAUUUCAAACGAGAAUUAACAGAACUCAUUUAGUUUACAGGAGGAGAUCUUUCAAGGGCCAACUCCGAUUAUGCUCUCUGGGAGGAUAGUUGUGGGAGAUGGGGAUUCGAGUAGAUUUAUUCCAGCUAGUUGGAAUUCUUUCACUGUUCCUGAUUAAAUGAAGUUGGCAGACAUAAGUGAGCAAUCCAUAUAGGCUGUUCCUGUUGAGAUGCAUAAAUCAACGAAGGGAAUGAAAAAAUCCGAAUAUCAAUCUGCCUAUGUAGCAGAAGACGAUGUCGAAUCUAAUGGGAAGCCUCAGUUUCUUAAAUUGAUAAUAGCAAAGAGUAUCCAGAACAAUUUCAUUCACAACCUUUGGAAUAGAUCUUACCUAAGGAAAUUGGAUUAAUUGUCUGGCUAUUAGGUUCAGGUUUUGGACGAUUUACAAUUAGAGAAUGAGACAUACUAUCAGGAUUAGAGGAGAACUCUUACAAAAUUGGAGGCAAUCAAGAGAUUUUUCUCCUACAUUGAGGUUUUUACACCUUACAGUUAGUUCAUCUUUAUUUGGGGCCUAUUUUAAAUUUUAAUAUACUUAUUGAUAUUCUUUUGGCUUCCUUAUAAGAUUUCUUUCAAACUGGAGUCAAUAGGGGAAUUCUUGGGGUACAACGAGACGAAGUAGAUCCUGGAAAUUUUGUUUUUGUCCAUCCUCAGUAUGGACGUGUUUGUGGGAUUGAACUUGGCCUUUAUCUACAAGGGAAUAAUAAUUAGAAACAGAAAGAGAAUAUUAAUAAAUUACUUUCGACAAUACGCCUUUGUUGAUUUGGUUUCGCUCAGUACGAUAACCCUCCAGUUUUUCAUUCUGACCAACAAUGGAGAUUCCAAUUAAAUGUUGGCCAUUCAAAUAGCAUUAUGUGCUGUAUUCUACGUUCUCAGGAUGACCAAGAUUAACAAGAUCCUAGCAUAAAUAUAAGAGUUCUUCAAUUUGUACGGUUCCUUAAAUGAUUUGGUGGGCUUAUUGAAGUUAACAAUGAUAAUAGUAUUUAUUGCUCAUAUUUGUGCUUGUGUUUGGCAUGGGAUAGCCUUCUACAAUGACGGUUAUUCUUGGCUGGAUGCUUAUGAAUUGAGAGACAAAGGAAAUGCCUCCAAAUACAAUACUGCAAUAUAUUGGGCCACAAUGACCAUGACAACAGUAGGCUACGGAGACAUUACAGCCAAGAAUAAUCUUGAAUUGUUAAUCAAUAAUUUGACGAUGCUCAUAGCCUCCAUAGUCUUUGCUUAUUCUGUAAAUAGUAUAGGAAUUUUUGUAUCCAACAUGUACAAAGGAGCGAUGGAAUACAGCAGAAGUGUGACAUUAAUAAACACAUUCAUGUCUAAAAACAAAAUCUAAUUUGAAUUGUAAACUAGAAUACGGAGUUAUUUAGAGUAUAUAUGGUAGGAGGAACAAAAUAUGAAUGACGAAGAAGUAGUAACUUUGAUUAGCAAAUUGAGUAGUAAUCUAUAGGAGGAGUUACAAUAUUAAUUGAGAGGGAACAUAUUGAGCAGCUGCAAAGUCAUGAUCAAAACCUUUUCUUAGAAAAUGAUAAAGUCUUUGUUGGGCUAAAUGGAGGAACAGAGUUUCUCUCCAGAAGAGAGGAUCAUCACUAUUAAUUAAACUGAUGACUCAUCUUUAUACAUAAUUACAAAAGGGGAAGUUGAAAUCAUCUUUGAAGGCUUAAACAGUUUAAAUGAGAAAACCAAAAGGAACAGUCUAAAAUUCUUAUCUUAAGGUGAUUAUUUCGGAGAAUUAGGAUUCUUUACUGGUUAAUCUAGAAAGGCCACUGCUAUUUCAAGAGCAUUUACAAAAGUAUUCAAAAUCAAACGAGAAAACUUUAUCAAGAUCUUGCUUUCCUAUCCUAAUGAUUAUGAAAAGUACUGCCAAUUGAAUCAUUCCUUAAUGUAAUAGGACUAUAGUGUCCUAUAAGUAAAUUGUUACAGUUGCUAGAGUAAUAAUCAUCUAAUUGAUAAAUGUCAUUAUGUACAUCUCUGUCCAGACAAAGAAGCUAUACUAAAAAGAGAACUCUAUCCGUUUGAUUAAAAAAGGAACAAGGUUAGAGGAAGAUAAGAAAGAGAUAAGGAACUCAGUCCUUGGAUCAUAUAAAAAUAUGUAAUGACAAAAGCCAAAGAAUUGCAGCAAGAACUCUAGUAUUUAGCAAGUAAAGGCACAGAUUUUGAAGAUUUGGACCAACAUUCAAAUAUGAUGAAUGAUGUUUAUGAGGAUGAAGUUGAAAUCGAUGUACCAUCUUCAUUAAAUCAAAGGAGCAAUUCAAGAACAUUUAGUAAAUUAAGUCAAAAGCAGACUUAAUUAAAUUAAAUUCCAGAAGUAGAAGAAGAUGAUUAGAAAAAUUAUUCGAGAAAGGUAGCACUUCCUAGGACAACUCUUUAAACAGCUGGGUUUGGAGGCGGAAUGAGAGAUAGUGUGCAUGUUGAUAUUAUAAGGGAUGAUGACGAAUAAGAAAGCUCUGAUGAAGAAUCAGAAGAAGAAAAAGAUCAAGUCCCUAUGCACUUGCCCAUUCCAGCGAAUAAAAGCCAAGAAGUAGUCAGAAAUCAAUAAUCGAAAAUAACUUUUACUCGGAAAGAAUCAGCUGAGGAAAUCAUACCUCGUUCAUCAACCCAAAGAUCUCACACUUACACACAAAAAGGAAGAAACUCUUAAACUAUUAAGAGGACUUUGACUCCGGAAAAGAUAUAUCCUCCCACUCAAUCUGAUUUAGAAAUUAGAAAUCAUGCAAGAAGACCUACAUCCAAAAAAUAAUCAAAUGCUACCAGAACAUUUACUAGAAAUCAAGGAAGAGAAAUGACAAAUGAUGUUAAUCCUACUUCUUUCAUGGACAAUUAAACCUAUAAUUAGCAUACAUCCACAACAAUUCUAGCUUAAUUCGAUAAAAUGUAAGCAUUCUUAUACUACUUUCCCUUUAAUAAUUAUGAUUCAGUUAUAAAAAGAUAUACGAGAUUACAAAAGUUUUUUGGCAAAAAAAGGCUAUAUCCAGAAUUUUCUAACUUUUCCUUCUUCUUCAUGACAAUUAAAAAGGGAUGGAAAUUAAGGAGGUUAGGAGAUAAAUUAAGAGGAAAAACCUUUGCAGACACAAUGAAAAAACCAUUAUCGAAAACGAUUCAAAGCUUUAAGACAGUUAAAAAAGUAAUAAAUAAUACAACUGGAUAUGGAGGAGGUGGUACUUCACCAUAGCGAUUACAUUCCUUUAAAUGA